GGCUGAAGGGUGCAGCAAGAAACAGCUUGAUUGGUGCUUUGGUGGGGAAAGGUGCAAAGAAGGGUUUGGUGCACCAGAUUGCAUCCUGAAGGCAGUCUUGCGCCAACGUGCGCGCUGUUGGUUUGCAGCAUCAACCUGUUUCAGACGCAUGGGGCCUGAUUUGUUGUGAAAGGGUGGCGGUCGCCAUCGCCUUUUAGUAUGGGCUGUGGGGCAUCUAAACCCGAGGUGAGAGAAGCAACUGCAGCCCAAGCGCGUUCCAGACCAGCAGAGCCCCAGGUUCCUUGCUUGGGGCUUCUCGACACCCACGAGCUCGUGAAAGAACUCGGCAGAGGUGGCACCGGCGAGACGUUUCUCUACAAAGACAAGCAGAACAACAAUGAGCUGGUGGCUGUCAAACUCAUCAGAAGGCCACUGCCUAAGGUCAUCCAGGCAAAUAUCCUGCGAGAGAUUAUGAUCCAGGCAAAUUUGGGGGAGGGGCACGUGAACGUCAUUAACGCCAAGGAGGCUCUUUUGACGGAGUCACAUCUUGCUCUGGUGAUGGAGUACGCGGCUUGCGGCAGUUUGACGGGGUAUGUGGCGAACCGGUGGCAGAGCGCUCAGCACUCGGGUCUGUUUCUCCAGGAGGACGAAGCGCGGUAUUUUUUCCGGCAAUUCAUCCAAGCAGUGGAGUACUGCCAUACCCACUUUGUGGCGCACAGAGACCUCAAACUGGACAACACGCUCCUAGACUUGACAAAGCCGCCGAUGCUGAAGCUCUGUGACUUCGGCUUUGCAAAGACCUGGGAGUCCAACGAGGAAGCCAACAUGUACACGCAUAUAGGGACACCCGUGUACAUGUCUCCGGAGCUCAUAAACAGCCGCAACGGAGCCAAGGGAUAUGACGGGAAACAGGUGGACGUGUGGGCGUCGGGCGUGCUGCUCAUAGUCAUGCUGCUCGGCACAUUCCCUUUCGACCACAUCGAAAACCCCGACCCCAACACCUCCGAAGCCCACCUCGAAGUCUGGAUGCAGCAGAUCCGCACCCCUUGGACGGACAUCCCCCACAUCAGGAACGCGGUUGAGAAGCUGUCGCCGGAGUGCACGGACCUGCUGAACAAGAUAUUUGUGAUCAACGAGAAGGAGCGCAUCACGAUCGCGCAGAUCAAGGAGCACCCCUGGUACAACGUCCCCCUGGUGCCCAAGUAUGCCGAGGCCGAGCGUGACAUCGAGGCCCGCCAGCGCCGCGUGGAGCAGUACAUCCGCCACCGCGACCUCAACAUCGGCUUGAUAAACACCCGGAACAAGCGGCUGGAGCAACUCGUCAACGCAGCGGCCGGGCCGGCCGUGCAGCUGCCGCACAGCCGACGCGCGCCCCUCGAGCGGAUAGACCUCCGGGAGGAGGCCUGCCGCGCGGAUGCAGCCACGCUCAGCAACGGGCCAACGCUCGACGCGCUGCCGGACAUCUCCGAGGACGGCGCAGAGGGCACAGAUGCGAGCCACGCGGCGGGGCAAAGACAUUCAGAAGCGGUCGCGAACGGCGGCCAGUGAGGCACUCUUUGUGUCGCGAAACUCGGCAGAUUUUUGCGGAUGUGAGGGGGUGGUCUGAGAGGGGCAGAGAGCGCGCAAAUACUCGGCUGGCCGCUGGCAGGCUCUUCAGCCGCGGACCGUCCCUUUUCUUGUUUUGAUGUCUGUGCAGAAACACCAGGCACACUGGGGUGUGUGGCAGGGGCAACAGGGUGGGUCACGUGGGAGGCUGCAUGAUUACGCAUCUUUCCGCAUGCAGCGGCUGUCGUUUUGGCAGAGUCACCAGACAUGGGUGUGUCAUGUUUUCUCUGCAUGCAAGAUUUCUGGGUCGAGAGAUGUGAAGCUCUUGAAGGGAAGAGGGGCGGAGCACACUACUGUAGCUGUGUCAGGAUUGUGUUUAGUGCAAACCGGGCAGAGUGUGUUGAUAAUUGGUUUUAUUGCCGUCUCUUUCAGCAGCGGAGCACACAACCACUGCUGCUGUCUAUUUAGCUCGUCGCAGCAAUGUAUGAGAUGUGCUUACAGCCUCAUGUCAAGAGGGAGAUAAGGGCAAAGUUUCCCCUGACUCUGCCAUCGCUCCAAGGCGGUCCAGUCAGUAAGGGUUGCCAAUAUGUAGAUUUUGAAAGCCUUGCCUAAAUUUUGGGAGGUUCCAACCCGUGCUAGUGUCCAGAGCCAGAGCAGGACUGGGCGUAGGUGUGAAGUUGUAAAUGGUGCAUGGAU